AUGAAGCAUCGAGGGCAACACAUCACCGCGGAAGCUUUCAGGAAUGACGCCACAAGCUCAAGCUGCCGCAGAUUCGGCAGCCUUCUACCCAGCUCUAACAUACGGCGACGAUGCUACAGCACCGGGGAUUCGAGCGGCCAAGCGAGGUCCCCAGACAAACGCGCUCUGCUAAACUUCAACAACUUUAGCGACAAUGCGGUUAAAGUGCUGAUGUUGUCGCAGGAGGAGGCACGCAGAGCCUCCACGACCCAAAUCGCAGCUAGACACAUAUUCCAGGGAUUGGUGUGUCUAGAUUCCGGACUCGCUGCCCACGUACUGAGGGAAUUCGGAGUUACCGUUAACACCAUCAGAGCAGCAGCUGACAAUAUCUUCCGGGUUGAUACAAGCAACUCCAACGAGGCGUUGGAUACAAAGCUGAUGACAUUCUCGGAUGAAGCCAAGGAAGCUUUGGAGCUCUCAUCUGUAGAAGCGGAGCUACUGGGCCACAGUGCCAUAGAAACCGAGCACAUACUCCUCGGCCUCCUCCGUUGCAGAAGCGAAGAGGUGGCACGGCUGCUCAACACGCUGUCGCUGAAUCCCGACGAAGUGCGAAAACUCACGCUGAAGUACAUCACAGAACAUAAGGAAAAACCUGAAGAGGUGCAGCAGAGUGAUACGUGGAAACAAGCACUCAGCCAGUACUCCUACAUGCCAGCCCAGGGGCGGUCUGUCGACGUCAUGAAAGAAACCUACACCUCGCCUCUUGCUACAUUCACCGUAGACAUCACUGCGAAGGCGGAGCUCGGGAAACUGCCAAAGGUGUUGUGUCGUGAUGCGGAAAUCGAUCGGGCCAUAAGAACCCUCUGCAGAAAACACAAACGAAACCCUAUCUUAAUCGGUGAGCCGGGUGUGGGUAAAACCGCGGUCAUAGAGGGACUCGCAAUGCAAUUGCUCAAAGGAGGCGCAACCCCAAGUCUUCGGCACAAGAGAUUAAGGCAGCUCGACUUGGGGCUACUGGUUGCAGGAGCCAGGUUCAGGGGCCAGUUUGAAGAACGCCUGACCAAGCUGAUUGAGGAGGUCAAGACCAUGAAAGACGUUAUACUUGUCAUCGAUGAAGCGCAUAUGCUCGUGGGGGCAGGCGCGGGCGAGGGUGCACUCGACGCCGCAAAUCUGUUCAAGCCGUCCCUUGCUCGAGGCGAAAUUCAAUGCGUGGCGAUCACGACGCCGAAGGAGUACCGGAAAUAUUUCGAAAAGGAUGCCGCACUGUCACGCCGGUUUCAGCCCAUCUACGUAAACGAGCCCACCGAUGAGGACACGAAAACCAUCCUCAACGCAACCACAGAAGAAUAUGGAAAGUAUCACAAGGUGUCGUACAACCCUGAAGCAGUGGCAGCGGCUCUAAAGUUUUCGAAACAAUUCAUACAAGACAGGUUCCUGCCAGACAAGGCCAUCGACAUUCUUGAUGAAGCAGGCGCCUUGGCCAAAAUAAGGUUCCAUGCGCGAACAAAGUCACAUCAGGAGGAUGCCGGAAAUUCGGCGACUACACAGGACGCGAACAACGAACGAAGUCAAACGGAAACUGCUGCAAACACAACGCAAUCGGAUAGUCAAUGCUCGAUAGACGCAGGUGGCAUGCGCGGAGCUGAGAGUAACGGGUCUACAACGCAGGAAACAAACGCGUUAUCGGGAAUCAGUUACGGUUUCGCAGUGAAGGGGGAUGUGGAUCUCCAACAAACUGGCAGUGCAGGAAAUGAAGGGGGAAUGUGCGCGACUAUUUCAGACUCAGACGGCGCAAGCGGCAGUUCUAGCAGUGCAGACUCGUACUACACUGAAGAUUCGGAAUUGGAAAGUGACAUGGCAGAACAGUCACCUGCAGCACCUGUCUGCGAAGUGAACACCGAGCAUGUGGCGGAGGUGGUGUCAACGUGGACCGGGAUACCCUUACAAAGACUCAGCGAGGACGAAAUAGAGGGGCUGCGGAAUAUGGAAAGUGAACUCCAUAAGAGAAUCAUUGGACAUGAGGAAGCUGUGAAGCAUAUUUGCAAGGCUAUUCGUCGCGCGAAAACGAACAUUAAGAAUCCAGAACGGCCGAUCGGCAGCUUCUUGUUCUGCGGCCCGCCCGGGGUCGGCAAGUCAGAAAUCGCCAAGGCACUGACCAACCUGUUGUUCGCCAGCGAAAAGAACAUCAUAAAGCUAGACAUGUCCGAGUACAAUGAACCGCACAGCAUAAGCCGGAUUCUCGGGAGCCCGCCAGGAUACAAGGGACACGAUUCUGGAGGUCAACUCACUGAGAAGCUGCGUAAAAAUCCGUAUUCCGUUGUUAUGUUCGACGAAAUAGAAAAGGCGCACCCCAACGUCAUCAAUAUUUUGUUGCAGGUUUUGGAGGACGGGAAACUAACGGAUUCCAAGAACCAGACGGUGUCGUUCAAGAAUGCGGUCAUUAUCAUGACCAGCAACACGGGCUCGAACGUCAUUGAAAGGGCAUCACGCGGAUCGCACACAUUCGGGUUCAAUAUUCAAGACAAACCGGCUGAUGAGAGCAAGAACUACUCGGAAAUAAAGUCGCUGGUCUGCGAAGAGCUGAAAUCGCAAUUCAAACCCGAGCUCGUUGACAGAAUCGACGACAUCAUCAUAUUCAGACCGCUCACAGACCAACAACUACGGCAAAUAUCGAAGCUGAUGAUUGAAGAGACCCUGAAAAGGGCGCGUGACGCUGGUAUGGACAUCGUUGUGGACGAUUCGUUCGUGGACUUCGUUUUGAAAUUGCCACGCGACGAGAAGGGCGGCGCGCGGCCGAUCAGACGACUCAUAACAAGCAACCUGGAGGACAAACUAGCCGAGUUUGUCAUAAACAAGGACUACGAGCCUGGUAAGCGGUACCGGGUGGCGGUAGACGACCAGAAGCACAUCGUCAUAAGGGCCGAUAACGAUACCGGCAAAGUAUACCAAAAGGAACCGCCGCAGCCUGUAUCGCCUAUUGUAAUAACCGAGGAUAACGUGGAAAACCCGUUGUGCGUACUACACACUCUUAACGAAGUAGAAGUAUAA